AUGGCAAAUCAUGAUGAAGAAGAAGAGGAGCGGAAGAGUGAAAGACGAGGAGGAGCAGAAGAAGAAGAAGAAGAAGAAGAAGAAGGGUUGCGUUCGGAGAAACAAAAGAGGCAUGCGGAUGAGCAAAGGACCUUGGAUUUUUCGUCUACUAGUAUUCGACCGGUGGCGGUAUAUCAAGUUGGCACAGCGCUCAACGGUAUAGGUAUAGGUGCUUACAGAGCCCAAUAG